UGUAGAAUUAGUCAGACUCAAGUCCACAAACCUUAUACUGGACUAUUAUUCUGCAGCUUACAAUAUAACAAUAAAGAUUCAGUGAAAUUCGAGAUUCUAAUUAACCAAUCAGAUCAGUAGUUUAAUCGGUUUGCUCCAGUACUGAUCAGAUAAUUUUCAGUUAAACCAUACCUAAGUAGACAAGCUGACUAUCUAGAAAACGAUUCGAUUAGACUUCUCAAGUUAACAACACCGCAAAGCCAUAUGACCAUUAUUUCGUACGGGUCUUAAAAAUUAAAACUUUCUCCUUGAAUAACUUAUGUUAAAAGUAAUUACCACAACCACGGUCAGUUCUACAGCGAAUGCCAAUGCAUGUAGAUCGUUGGUAAAUAAUAAAGUGCGACGAAUAUCUUACUGAAUACAAGUCAAAAGUAAAUAUUUCGGCUUAAAUUAAAGUGAAAAUCGUGAAACAAAAUAUAAUGGCAUUUAAUAACAAUAAAGGCGAACUUCUGUUUCCCUACGAUAUUAUUGAUGUUGAUCCGGAAAUUAAUACCGAACUGUUGAGAGAUUUCACAGGCGAAAAAACUGGGUUCGUUCAGGUGGGACCAAAGAAAUAUUUUUUCCCCAGUAAAUUUCGGGAAGCUUCGUAUCAUUUAUAUAAUUUUCAAUCUCGACCAUCGGACGUGUAUGUUGCGACAUUUCCACGAUCUGGCACAACUUGGACUCAAGAACUCGUUUGGAUGAUCGCUAAUGAUUUAAACUAUGAUAAAGCUACGGCUGAACCAUUGACCAAAAGAUUUCCAUUUUUUGAAUUCUGUGUGUUCAUGCAUGAACAAACGAAACAGGAGCUUUUGUUGGAAAAUCAGGACAGUCUAGAGAAACAAAAUUUCGUUGAGCUUGUGUCUACGCCUGGAUAUGAUUUUUUGCCAGAUAUAACGGAACAACGGUUUAUCAAAACUCAUUUGCCAUUUUCAUUGCUGCCACCGAGCGUUAUGGAAUGUAAAUCAAAGGUGAUUUAUGUUGCUCGAAAUCCAAAGGACGUUGCGGUCUCAUACUAUUACUUAAACAAACUCUACCGAACCCAAGGAUACAUCAACACGUUUGAAAAAUAUUGGGACUACUUCGAGAAAAACUUGAAUCCUUGGAUGCCUUAUUGGAGUCAUUUAAAAGAGGGCUGGGAACAUCGCAACCACCCGAAUGUGCUUUUUAUGUUUUAUGAAGAUAUGAAUAAGGACCUACCGGCAACUAUCAGAAAGGUAGCCAAUUUCUUGAAGAAAAACUUAACCGACGAAGAAGUGACCAAACUCACCUCGUACCUAAGCAUUGAGAAUUUCAAACACAACACAUCGGUGAAUCAAAAUGAAUUGAAAGAGGUCCGUAUUUUGAAUCCGAACGAGGAAGCGUUCGUUCGAAAAGGAAAAACGAACCUGAAGGGCUGGCAGAAGGAAUACACACCGGAAAUAAUUGAACGAGUGGAAAAAUGGAUGGAAAUAAAUCUGAAAGAAACGGAUAUGCGAUUUCCCGAAUAUUGAUAGGCUCAUGUUAAGUAUUACGAUAAUUUUGUUACAUCUCUUUUUAUACCUGGCUUGUUAAGUACUAUGUUAAUAAAUUAUGUUUUUCAUUUGCUACAUUUUA